GAAAGAUGCUUAAGCGCGUGUCGCCUUGCCCAAUCAUCUCAAGUUUUGUUUGGCAACACAGUAACUCUUUCCAUUUUCAUACGAAAGAGGAAAAUUCAAAGUUGUUUUUUUCUUUCCUAACAUUCACAACAAAUUCUAUCCAAAAUCCAGAAGAUAUCUGGAAAUUUCGAGAUCUUGACACCAAAGCAUUUUGUUAUCUAAAUUUUGGUGCUAACCCUUUAUUUUAUGUUAGAUUUUCAUUGCCAAAUUUGAAAGUUCACCCUUUUUUGAGGUGUCCGUUGUUAUGGCUUACAUGGGACCUAUAAUUACCAGGUUUUUGUUUAGUCUUGUUCAUACCACUACACAUAUACAGGUGCUCGUGAGCUUCCUCAGUUUCAAAAAGACAUGGCCCGUACUCGUGGGAAUCUUCACUCCACUGCUCAAGACGCUGCUCAGAGAUCAAGAAAGAAGAAGAAAGUUGCAAGAGGAGAGGAUUCAGGAUAUUCAUCUGCGGGUACUUUUCUAAUACAUGUGAAAGGACAUGGAAGUAGUGGCGGGAAAAGGGCACUGUACCAUCACAAUUAUUGCGAGAAAGAUGUAACAGGGAAGGUCCGUAUCAAAUGUGCUGAGUGCCUUGAUUUUGGCCUGUGUGCAGAGUGCUUCUCUGUAGGAGCUGAGGUUGGACCUCAUAAAAGCAAUCACCCUUAUAGGGUUAUGUGUGGGAGCCUUGCUGGUCUGUUUGAUGAAAUAUGAUGGGAAUUUUGGCUUUCCUGUUUCAUCUCUGUUUAGAAUUUCAUAAUUGUACCAUACUGACCUGUUCUUUGUCGUGUCAUCAAACGGUCACUUCUGUAUCGCAUUCGUUUCUUCAUGGUUUAACUAGUUCGAGUACCUACAUGGACUUGAUUCCUGCACGGCAUAGUGUUCAAACUAUAACGUCAGAAUGCUGACAACAUGUUUUUUAUUCAUUUUCAUUUCUAUCUUCCUCUCUUUUUACCCCUUGGAAUGCAGAUGAAGAAAUGCUGCUUCUAGAGGUGUUUUGAGCGUUUUUUAUAUUUUUAGAUGGAAGUUUUAGUCUUCACUGCAAUGUCUAUUGUUCCAUAUAUAGGGAAUUGAAAUGUACGAAUUAGGGAACUGGGCGGGAGUGGCUUAUCAUGUUGGCACAAAGAGUAAAGAAAAAUGCAUUGAACACUAUAGUAGUGCCUACGGUAUGAUAUACAAAAAACUCCUCAUUUCAAGGUGAUUUUUUUCUCAUAAAAGGAGCUUGUUGCUAUGGCCAUGGGGUUUGGGGAGUUCUAUUUGCGUUGCAUUCCUUGAAUGGUUUAGUUGAGUCUAUACCAGAUAUCCGGAAACUAAAGGCCAAUAUUUCCUGUAGGUGUACUGUUAAUGUAUGUGUUUUACCGUGGUUACACGUGAUAUUGAUUUUAUUCAUAUAAAUAUAUUUAAUUUAUUAAUAAAUCUUUAAUAUUCAUUAAAUGUUUUAUUAAUGAAUCUAGAAUAAAAACGAAGUUUUUGGGAUAAAAAAUAUUUUGUAAAGAAAAUUAUAAAAUUAUUAUAAUUGUGGGAUUCUUGUUGCAUUCAAGCAUUAUUCCUAAAUGUUUAGGUUAAUACUCUAUUAAAACUUGAUAUUAAUCAGAGCUGUUGAGACUAAUACAUAUUAUAUUCCUUUCUUUAUGAAAAGAAGUGGAUGUUCUGUUAAGUUUAUGUAUGAGGUAUACCUAGAACUAAUAUGUAGGUGUUUGCAGGAUAACAUGUGCACUGAACUGACCCGCAUGAGAAUUCCAUAUAAAAAGAUCACUCGUGUCUAUGGAAAGGCUCACGUGACGGUUGUGUAAGUGAUCCUUAGACUUGAGAUCACUAAGUUAUAUUAUACAGGGAGUGUUAUGUUUUGAUCUUGCUAUACAUUGUCCUAAUCAAUGGUAACAAAUGGAUAGAUAUUGAGUAUAAUAUAAACUAAAUAAAGGUAUUUAUGUUAUCAAAAGAGAAUUCAUCACCCUUGAUGAAUUAGAGAAAAUAUUUCAUUUGUUCUCAAUUAGUAUUGAUUGUAAUUUAUUAUGCAAUGAAUAAUAAGAUUUAAAAGGAGUUUCAAAUCUCAUUAAAAGAAUCAA